AUGUCAAACUAUACAAACAGAUUUCAUAACCUUAUGGAACGUAAUGCCAAAAUUGCAGAUCGAUCCUUGAGGUGUGAUGUUUGUCAAUUGAGUAAUAAUAGUCGGAGUAACUAUACAAGACAUCUCAGCUCUGAGGCACACCGGUUAAACAUAGCGAAUCCCAUCCUAUCGAAAGGAAUAUAUCAUAAUAUUAUUGGAAAAUGUACUCAAAAACAUAGGAAAUGCAAGUCCAACAAUGACAGUGAAAUCGGACGUGACUUUGACCCCUUUGAUAACAUUUUCAAUGAUAAAGUACAGUUGGAUUACGGUCUGGGUGUUAGUGAAUCCAUCGACCCGAAUACCAAUGAUAAAGAACGUCAAGUACCUGAUGAUUAUUCAGAGGAAGAAAUUAAAGCGACCCUUGAAUUCGGCAGAUACUUUAUUGAAACAGCAAUUCGGCAAUACAAAGAUCAACUUGCUUUGGAUCUCACUGACACUAACUAUAAUUUCAAAGGCUACAGUGCAUCUACUUUAUAUGGAACAAUUUUAGCUCCGAUUUCUAAAAAACAAGAAAACGCUAUCUCCUCGAUGAAUUUAACAUAUGGCAAAACAAAAUUUGCCAUUUACGGUGUGGAGCGCAAAAAUGUCCAGGAGGCCCUUUACAGUGGAAACAUUCAUAAAAAUCUACCAGAUAAUCUCGGGUAA